UUUCAGGACGAUUAUUUUUUUCUUUCAGACAAGAAGCUAGCUUGUUACCCAACCACGCCGGAGCGAGUAUCGCUGCAAGUGUGCUAAUCUGAAGGAGAACUUUUUAAAUAAACGAGGGCACAUUCAAAUUCUACGUUGCCUGCUUCGGGCUCACGGAGUUGAAAAAUAAUUGAAUGAAUUGAGGUGAAAGAUGACCCAGUUUUUACCACCCAAUCUCCUGGCCUUGUUUGCGCCAAGGGACCCCAUACCAUUUCUGCCACAGUUGGAAAAGCUGCCCCAUGAGAAACAUCACAACCAGCCAUACUGUGGCAUUGCUCCAUUCAUCAGGCACUUUGAGGACCCCAGAGAUGCCCCUCCACCUACUAGGGCAGAGACGCGUGAUGAAAGGUUGGAGAGAAAGAGGAGAGAGAAGAUCGAGAGGAGGCAAACUGUAGUGGAGACAGAACUGAAGCUCUGGGAUCCGCACAAUGAUCCUAAUGCUCAAGGGGAUGCCUUUAAGACCCUCUUUGUAGCCCGUGUGAACUACGACACGACGGAAUCCAAGCUUCGCCGUGAGUUUGAGGUGUAUGGACCCAUCAAACGGAUCUACAUUGUCUACAAUAAGCGAUCGGGGAAACCUAGAGGCUACGCCUUCAUCGAGUACGAACACGAGAGGGACAUGCACUCCGCCUACAAGCAUGCAGAUGGGAAGAAGAUUGAUGGGAGGAGAGUGCUGGUUGACGUGGAGCGAGGCCGCACUGUGAAGGGAUGGCACCCCCGGAGGCUAGGCGGUGGUCUUGGUGGGACGCGGAGAGGCGGGGCUGAUGUCAACAUCAAACACUCCGGGAGAGAUGACGCCUCACGUUAUGACGACCAUGCCCCAAUUGGAGGGGAUCGAGAGCGUGACCGUGGACCAGAGCCUCGAGGGGAGCGCAGAGAGCGCAGCCGUGAGCGUGGCGGGGAGAAAGAACGAGGUGGCGAAAGGCGUAGGUCGCGCUCCCGAGAACGACGCAGGCGCGGUUCCCGUUCCAGGGACAGGGAAAGGGGCGACAGGAGCUUGGGAGCAGCGGCCCCUGGGGAGGAGGCCAUAGGGGGUGGGAGGCGGCGUGACAGAGAGAGGGAACGGGGGGGAGGAGGGCCAGACAGUCGCAGCAGGGAGCGGAGCCGAGACCGGGGUGAACGGAAGAGGAGGAGCCGCAGCCGUGAGCGUAAGAGAGACCGCGAGAGGGGCAAAGGUGGGGAAGGGGAUGACAGCAUGGGCGCAGGCGAUGGAACGCUCGGAGAGGGAGGAGAGCGGAUGCCCGAGGAGCCUAGUGGCGGUGAGGAAGGGGGAGAGCUGGGGGAGGAGCGUGGCGGGAGGGAGCGGGACCGAGACAGGGAGAGGGAUCGCGACCGCAGACGCAGCCACCGGGACAAGGACCGGGAUCGUGACAGGGAGAGGCGCAGGGGGGACAGGGAAAAAGACAGGGAGCACAAGCGAGACCGUGGUGACAGGGAACGGGGAGGUGGGGACCGUCGGGAGGACCGUCAUGGCCCUCUCCUGCCCCCCUCAGCCGAGCAGGAUGACACAGGGAAUGGGGAGGAGGGUGAAGCGCAGCCCCAGCCUGAAGAGAACAGCCAGGAUGGGAUGAUGAUGGAUCAGGAGUCGGUGCAGUCAGGAGAGGGCUACGUCUCCAACGAGAAUGGUUACAAGAUGGAACCCCAGGCCGAAGAGUACUGAAAGUGGCUUUGCUAAAAGGACAUGCUGUUUUUUUGUUGUUGUUGUUGUUAACCUGUCAUAAAUCAGGCAAUAAAAUGUCAUUUUUCGCCCAAAACUAUA